CCAAAUAACCAAAUCCGCGCCGACUCCACCUGCGGCUUAGUCCAUCCAUGGCGACCACGAGCGUCCCGUGGGCUCGCCCCUCCGCCUUUGGGUUGGUCGCCCCGUCACCCCUCCUCGUCUCCUGCCGCCCCGGUGCGCCCGUCCGGGCCUUCCGCCGGAGCGACCUGGACGGGUUCGCGAGGCGCGUCGCCUCCGGCGAGGCCCUACGGGACGCAUGGCGGAGCGCCAACAACGGGAUCGAGCAGGUCGCCUUCGAGGCCCGCCGCGCCGCCGAGCGCCUCGACCGCCGCUACGAUCUCUUCCGGCGGUUUGACUCUGCCGCCCGCGCCGCCGCCAACUGGGCCCGCAAGAUUGACCAGGAGCUGGGGAUCGGGCGGCAGUGGAGGUCGUUCUCCGUGGAUUUCUCCAGGAAUUGGCCUCGGUACAGGAGAGAGCUUAAUGGCUUUCUGCAAACACCCCUAGGCAGAGGCGUGGCCACUAUCUUCUUCCUCUGGUUUGCAUUAUCUGGGUGGCUGUUCAGAUUUUUCAUUUUAGCUACAUGGGUGUUACCAUUUGUUGCUCCUCUUCUUAUUGGAACACUUGCCAACAACUUUGCUAUUCAGGGCACAUGUCCAGCUUGUAAGAGGCAAUUCGUGGGCAGCCGCAACCAGGUGAUCCGUUGCACAGGCUGUAAGAACAUUGUAUGGCGGCCAAGAGAUGGCUUCUCGAGGGGUAGAAACGAUUCGUCCUCUAAAGCUUCAGAACCCGACAUCAUCGAUAUUGAAAUUGAGGAGAAAUGAUAGGCAAAGUUCGGGAGGGCUAACUUACGGGGCAUACGAUCCGUCUAUGGUAGAUUUCCCGUUGUAGCUUUUUUUUUUUUUCUUCCAAUGAGAUUGUAAAUAUGAUAAGUUUUGGGAUGGUUUAUUUUUCAGCAUCGAGAGCGGGUGCACGCACAUCUUGUCAUUUUAUUUUGAUAAGUUUUAGUAACUAGCUACAGGAAAGAAAAAAAAAUUUGA